GGUAUUAAUAGCAAGGGUUUAAACCAAGCCAGGAAAUAGGAAUGCUGCCCUGCCAUCUUCCUUCUCACUCAGCGCAUGCAGUGACUCAGUGACCUUGACCAUCAUCAAUGGCGACCCUAGGAAUCGAGCAGCCACAACGAGAUGGAGGAGAAGGUUACGGCGUUCUAUUGUACUACAAAUACGCUACCAUCCCCGACCUCCAACAACUCCUCAAUUUCUACAGAUCCAACUGCACCUCUCUCUCCCUCGUUGGCCGCGUCCGCCUCUCUCCCUACGGCGUCAAUGUUACCGUUGGGGGGAAGUUGUGUGCUUUAGAGGAGCAUAUUUCUGCAGUGAAGCUGAAUAGUUUGUUUGAAGGGACAGAUUUCAAGCUUGCAUCUUCUCACGAACCUUUGGAUGAUAGGGUUGCUAAAGAAUGUGGAUUCACUUCUCUAUCCAUCCGCAUUGUUAAGGAAUUGGUCACUUUGAGUUCUUUUCCGCUGCCAAAGUCUGCAGAAGUUUCAGAUGCUGGAAGACAUCUUUCUGCAGUUGAAUUCCAUUCUGUGCUUAGUGAUGCGGGCAACAUACAGGAUGAAAGGGAAAACAGAACAGUCCUGUUAGAUGCAAGGAAUUUAUAUGAGACAAGAAUUGGGAAGUUCUCUACUCCAAAUGUGGAGACUUUGGAUCCAGAAAUUAGGCAGUACAGUGACCUUCCGUCCUGGAUAGAUAACAAUGCUGAGAAAUUGCAGGGAAAAAAUAUCCUUAUGUACUGUACUGGUGGAAUUAGAUGUGAGAUGGCCUCAGCUUAUAUCAAAUCGAAAGGUGCUGGUUUUGAAAAUGUUUUUCAGUUGUAUGGUGGGAUUCAGCGUUAUCUGGAACAAUUUCCUGAUGGUGGGUUUUUCAGAGGAAAGAAUUUUGUUUUUGACCAUAGGGUUUCAGUUGGGAGCUUGGAUUCAAAAAUUUUGGGUACUUGCCUUCUUUGUAACUCGUCUUUUGAUGAUUAUUCUUCUCGUACACGGUGCAUGUACUGUAGGAUGCUUGUACUAAUCUGCAAGAACUGUCAGGAUACAAAUUCUUUUUAUGCUUGUGAACUAUGCCAGAAAAAUGGUAGAAAUGUUGACUCAGUUUUGGCUAUGAAAGCUGAGGAAUCGGUAGAAAUAUCUGAAGGGGAUGAGCCUGAAGCUGUUUCCACUUUGAAUAAAACUCAACACUUGCCUAUUGUUGCACGGCAAAAUGGGACACAUACGUCCAGGAGACUGAGGAUUUUGUGCUUACAUGGCUUCCGCCAGAAUGCCUCUGGAUUUAAAGGAAGAACAGCGUCAUUAGCGAAGAAACUCAAAAACAUUGCUGAACUUGUCUUCAUUGAUGCACCCCACGUUUUACCUUUCAUCUACCAACUUCGUCCACCCGAGCAGAACUGCAAUCACACAUCUUCUUUAUCAAAGGAUACCCCUCCUACGAGCGGUUGCAAUAGAAAGUUUGCAUGGUUGGUUGGGUGCGGGUACACUGCAGAGAGCAACUCUGAUUGGAAAAUAGCAGACUGUACAUUUGAUUCUCUGCAGUACCAGCAACAGACCAAGGGGUUUGAUAUAUCACUUUCAUAUUUGAAAACCACGUUUUCUGAAGCUGGGCCAUUUGAUGGGAUCUUGGGGUUCUCACAAGGAGCUGCAAUGGCAGCUUUGCUUUGUGCACACAAAGAAAAGUUAAAAGGGGAGCUAGAUUUCAGAUUUGCAAUUUUGUGCUCCGGAUUCGCUGUUAAUAUGGACGAGUGUCAGCCGGGUUCACUAAACUGCCCUUCACUGCACAUAUUCGGCAAUGACAAGGGCAACGACAGGCAGAUAGAGAACCAAGCUAGUGAACGACUUGCUUCAAUGUUUGAUGAUGGUUGCUCUGUGGUUAUUGAACAUGAUUUUGGUCAUAUAAUUCCAACACAAUCUCCAUUCAUAGAUCAGAUCAAAGAUUUUCUUCACCGUUUCCUGUAAUUUAUCUAUGAAUGGAACAGUGUUUUUUUAGCUUGUUCAAUGGUGAAGUUUAGGUCGGUAGUUGUAUCAUCAAUGUAUAUCAGAUUUUAGAUAACGUGUUAUCAUAGCGCAUUUACAAACAGAUGACAAUAUAAUAUGAAGUGAAAAUGACUUUGUUUCCC